AUGACUACGGUACGGUCUCUUCUCGGAGUUGCUGCUGCAAAAGAAUGGGAGGUUCACCAAAUGGAUGUGCAUAAUGCCUUCCUUCAUGGUGAUCUCGAGGAAGAGGUUUACAUGCGGCUCCCUCUGGGUUUUCAAACCUCUGAUCCUAAUAAACAAAGCUACCAGGACUAUUCUUUGUUCUCUUUGCUCCGUGGCUCGACGGUGAUUCACAUUCUGGUCUACGUUGAUGACUUCGUUAUUGUCGGAAAUAAUCUUGAAGCUAUUAAUCAUUUUAAGGUUCAGCUCAGCAAGUGCUUCCAUAUGAAAGAUCUUGGUAAGUUAAAAUAUUUUUUGGGUAUUGAGGUCUCUCGUGGCAAAGAUGGUUUCUGUUUAUCUCAACGAAAGUACACACUCGACAUCAUUCACGAGGCUGGUUUGUUAGGUGCUGCACCUGCUCCAACACCAAUGGAAGUUAAUUAUCAGCUUGGCUCGGUCAAGAGUCCGUUGUAUAAGGAUCCUGAACAGUAUCGUCGCUUGGUUGGUCAGUUCAUUUAUUUAACUAUCACGCGUCCGGAUUUGAGCUACCUGGUUCACAUUCUUUCUCAGUUCAUGAAGACUCCACUUGUUGCUCAUUGGGAAGCUGCGCUUCAUCUUGUUUGUUAUCUCAAGGGCACACCUGAUCAAGGCAUUCUUCUACGCUCCGAUAGUUCUUUGACUCUAACGGCUUAUUGCGACUCUGAUCUCUCUGCUUGUCCAUGCACUCGUCGCUCUUUGUCUGCUUAUGUUAUUUAUUUGGGUGACUCCCCCAUUUCUUGGAAGACUAAGAAACAGAAUACUGUAUCUAGUUCCUCUGCUGAAGCUGAAUACCGUGUCAUGGCUUACACACUUAAGGAGAUAAAGUGGUUAAAAGGUCUCAUGGAGGAUUUAGGUGUCGCACAAACUACUCCGAUCUCUAUGCAUUGUGAUAGUCAAGCAGCCAUUCACAUUGCUGCUAAUCCUGUUUUUCACGAACGAACAAAGCAUAUCGAACGUGACUGUCAUCAAGUUCAUGACGCCGUGCAAGAUAAGUUGAUUUCUACGGUUCAUGUCUCCACUCACGACCAAGUUGCAGACCUCUUAACCAAGGCAUUGCCUGCGCCUCAGUUCCAACGACUAAUGUCCACGUUAGGUGUUCGAGAUUUCGUCCCACCAACGUGA